CCGGGUAACGGCUGCCGGCCGGCCAGUCCGCGGUGCCGCCACCGGCAUGGGCUGCGCCCCGAGCGUCCACAUUUCCUCCGAGGCCCCGGGCGCGUACCCGGGCGGCAAAGAGGCCGAGGACGCGCAGGACCCCUGGGCGCGGCUGGAGGGCACCGGCGCCCUGGCCCCCUCCUUCCCCUCGGACUCCUACCUGCCUCGCGGCAAGAUAUCCGUGUCGGACGUGCAGUUGGGCCCCAUGCGGUUUCACCCGGACCAGCUGCAGGUGCUGUUGGUGUUCGGCAAGGAGGACAGCCAGUGCAAGGCGUUCCGCCAGGCCUGCGACCAGGCCGGGUUCAAGUGCACGCUGACCAGGGAGAUGCAGGCGGUGCUGGGCUGCUUCCUGUCGGCGCACCACGACAUCGUCAUCCUGGACCACAGACACCCCCGGCAGCUGGACGCGCGGGCGCUGUGCAGGGCCAUUCGAUCGUCCAAGGUCUCGGAAAACACGGUCAUCGUCGGGGUGGUGCGCAAGCGGGACGGGGACCUGCCCGUGAUGCCCCUCCUCUCCACCGGCUUCACCCGGCGCUACGUGGAGAACCCCAGCCUGCUGGCCUGCUACACCGAGCUGCUGCAGCUGCAGUUCGGGGAGGUGCGAGCCCAGCUGAAGCUCAGGGCGUGCAACUCCAUCUUCACGGCCCUGGAGAAGAGCCAGGACGCCAUUGAGAUCACGGGCGAGGACCACCUGGUGCAGUACGUGAACCCGGCCUUUGGGACCACCAUGGGCUGUGACUCCCAGGAGCUGAUAGGGAAGGAGCUGGCCAAGUUACCCGCCGCCGAGAAGAAGUCUGAGCUGUUCGACACGAUCAAUUCGUGCAUCCAGACGGGCAAGGGCUGGCAAGGCGUCUGCUGCGCCAAGAACGGAGACAACAAGCAGCAGGAUGUGAGGGUCAUCCCGGUCAGCGGGCAGGGCGGGAAGAUCAGACACUACGUGUCCAUCAUCAGGCUGAGCGAUGGGAACAGUAAGGCCGAGAGGACGCCCAGGAGCAUCCAGUCCGACUCGCACACAGACAGCCAGUUGGGGAAACUGAGGGACAGGAGGAAAAGCUCGGGUGGCGCCAGGAGCCUGGGCUCCCGGGCAGGUGAGGUGGCCGGCCAGAGACGCCACUCCUCGCUGGCCCGGAUCCAGUCGGUGACCAUGGAGGCGCCCAUCACCAAGGUGAUCAACAUCAUCAGUGCCGCCCAGGAAAACAGCUCGGAGCCCGUCACAGAGGCCCUGGACCGGGCGCUGGAAAUCCUGAGGACCACGGAACUGUACUCCCCGCAGUUCGGGGCGAAGGAUGAGGACCCUCACGCCAACGACCUCAUCGGGGGCCUGAUAUCCGACGGCCUGCGGAGACUCUCGGGGAACGAGUACGUCCUUACCGCCAAAGACCUCCCGCGGCUGUCCAGCAGCGUCGCCGUCCCCACGUCCCUCCACGACGUCCCGCUGCAGAUCGCCGAGGCGCUGGAGAACGAGGAAUCCUGGGACUUUGACAUCUUUGAGCUGGAGGCCGCCACGCAGAAACGGGCCCUGAGCUACCUCGCCAUGAAAAUCUUCGGUCGCUUUGGCAUCUGCGAGUUCUUAAAGUGCCCGGAGACCACGCUGAGGCUGUGGCUGCAGGUCAUCGAGUCCACGUACCACGCCUCCAACCCCUACCACAACUCCAGCCACGCCGCCGACGUCCUCCACGCCACCGCCUACUUCCUGUCCCAGGAGCGGGUGAAGCGCGCCCUGGAUUCGGUGGACGAGGCGGCCGCCCUCAUCGCGGCCACGAUCCACGACCUGGACCACCCGGGGAGGACCAACCCCUUCCUGUGCAACGCGGGCAGCGCGCUGGCCAUCCUGUACAACGACUUCGCCGUGCUGGAGAGCCACCACGCCAGCCUGGCCUUCCAGCUGACCCUCCGGGACGACAAGAGCAACAUCUUCAAGAACAUGGAGAGGGGCGUGUACCGGACGCUGCGCCAGGCCAUCAUCGACAUGGUCUUGGCCACGGAGAUGACCAAGCACUUCGAGCACCUCAACAAGUUUGUCAACAGCGUCGUCAAGCCCUUGGCAGACCUGGAGGAGCGCGAGGAGACGGAGGCAGUGCGAGCGGACAUCAACACGAUGCUCAGGACUCCGGAGAACCGGUCGAUGAUCAAGCGCAUGAUGAUCAAGUGCGCCGACGUGUCCAACCCCUGCCGGCCCUUGGAGCAGUGCAUCCAGUGGGCCGCGCGCAUCUCGGAGGAGUACUUUUCCCAGACCGAAGAGGAGAAGCGGCGGGACUUACCCGUGGUGAUGCCCGCCUUCGACAGGAACACCUGCAGCAUCCCCAAGUCCCAAAUGUCCUUCAUCAACUACUUCAUCAUCGACAUGUACGACGCGUGGGACAACUUUGUGGACCUGCCCGUGCUGCUGCACCACCUGGACAACAACUUCAGAUACUGGAAGGACCUGGACGAAAUGAGCGUGCGGGGCCUCCGCCCGCCCCCGACCUAGGCCAGGGAAGGGCCCCCGUGCAGAGAGCACUCCGCUCGCCGGUGCACUGCGCCAGGGCUCUGCCGAUGAAAAGGAACGAGAACGGAAGGCUUGUUUCAUCACAUUUUAUCCAUGACUUCUCCAAAACGUGGCCUGAUUUUGUAGAGUGUUUAUACCAAAUGUUCUUAAGGGAACACACAGCAAACGGGAUAUUUACUAACGUGACUUUUUAAAAACCAACCUGUAUCCACCUUCAGUGGUAAUGUUUAAUUCCAGGUAUUUAUGAAGGUUCUGUAUCUGCACACUUUCAAUAAAUGUAGCACCAUUAAAAAUGACAUAUGAGGACACAUCACGGCACCUGUCAUUUCAUUUUAAACUUUAAAAAGUUAAAAAAAAUAUUUAUGGAAACCUGUAUUUCCAGUGGCUGUGCAGCUGGCCUCACACGCUCAUUUCGUGACAGGAAAUAACGUGUUUUGUGCCCCCCCCCCCCGCCCCCGCUCCACCUCCCAGCCUCAGGACCUCGCCUCUCUAUGUGAUCUGCUCAUGACCAACCAUCGCUGUGCACAUUCAACAAAAGGUGAUGCAAAUGUCUCGCUGAAAUCCUGUCGGACAUAUCGACUAUAGAUUCUCUAAUAAAUGGCCCUUUAGUUGCUCACCUUUCUCAAAAUCA